CACUUGAGAUGAACAGAAUUCGAAUUCACGUGUUGCCCAGUAGAGGCCGUUUGACUCCUGUCCCGAGAACUUAUGAAGCCUUGUCCUGCUCAUACACACUCCGGCCAUGCUCCCAGCCUCGUCUUGAAGGUUUUGAGUUCUGUAUUAAACACAUCCUAGAAGACCGAAAUGCUCCUUACAAGCAGUGUAGCUAUGUUUCUACUAAGAACAGUCGACGCUGCACCACUGCUGCUCCUAAGCCUGAGAAAAAGGACGGAGUUUCUUUCUGUGCUGAGCAUGCAAGAAGAAAUGCGCUAGCUCUUCAGGCCCAAAUUAAGAAGUCAAACCCAGGGCCUGCCAAUGAAUCUCUCUUGUACCAGUUAAGUUCAUAUGCACGUGGAGAGCUGGGUAACCAGACCCAGGAAAAUAGUCGGCGUGAAUCCACUCGGAUCCUUGAUGAGAACAGCUGCAGUGAUAGUGAACCUGAUGCUGUAACAGUGGAUCAGACCUGGAUGGGGGAUCUUGACAGUGAAGCAGAGAGUCUGGACAGUGAUCAAGAGGACCCUUUGAAACACGCUGGAGUGUAUACCGCAGAAGAAGUGACUCUUAUCAUGCGGGAGAAGCUUAUCCGCCUGCAGUCUCUCUAUAUUGAUCAGUUUAAACGACUGCAGCACUUACUGAAGGAAAAGAAAAGGCUCUUCUUGCACAGUGUAAAAGCAGAGCAUGAAACUAAUGGGAGUAGUCUUCUCACUGGUCCAGAGGGACUUUCCUCUAAAGAGCGUGAGAAUCUCAAGAAACUGAAAGCUUUACGUCGAUACAGAAAACGAUAUGGAAUAGAAGCUCUUCUACACCGGCAGCUAAAAGAACGACGUAUGUUGGCUACAGAAGGGGUAUCCCAACAGGCUCACACCACUAGAUCCAGCCAACGUUGCCUGGCUUUUGUUGAGGAUGUACGCUGUUCUAACCCAUGCCUCCCAAUGACCAGACACUGCUUGAGCCAUAUCUGUCAGGACAGUAAUCAGAUUCUUUUCAAGAUGUGUGCAGGCUCUGAAGAGGUUCCUUGUAAUAAACCAGUCCCAGUUAGCCUAUCUGAAGAUCCCUGUUGUCCUCUUCACUACCGGUUACCAUCACCAAUGUACAAGUCUGAACCAGUGCUACCUGCAGCAGAACCAAUGGAUGUGUCUCCUAUGGAGCUUUACCUGAGUGCAGCGGAGCUACAACCUUCAGAAAACUUACCCCUGGAGUUCAGUGAUGACCUUGAUGUAGUAGGAGAUGGCAUGCAAUGCCCUCCAUCACCCCUGCUUUUUGAUCCUUCUGUCGACAUGACUCUGAAAGAUGUUUCGAGAACACCACUUGACAUAAUGUCUGAAACAGAACGGACCAGCUCCAGCCACGCUCUUCUGACUGCAGACUCCUUAAUAGGAACAGCAGGACCGAGUCGGGUCCAGUCAGUCGGAGCAUCUCCUGCACAAUUGACCGAUCCAGUCGGUGAUAAUGGAUUGACAACAAUGUCCACGGCCAAUGGAAAUGUUGAUCGUGCCUCUUUCAAAUGAGUUUGGAUGCUUGUAGUGUUGAUCUAAUUUUAUGUGCAUCCUUUUAUUUAUGUAUCGAUUUCCUAUCUUUCACUUAGAAGUCCACAUAUGUCACGUGAGGUCUUCCUUGGCAAAACUGUAUAAUAAUAUCUUCACAUCUGACACGUAAUAUCUGCAGGUUGUUGCUUUAAGUCAUAUUACAAUUAAGCAACUUAAGCUUCUAUAUAGCUAACAAAUAUUUGUAAAUAAAAAAAUGAUUUAUAAAUAA